AGAAGACUACUUCCGUCACGCUAAACAUGGCUGGAACAUCUUCAGUAGCCGGCGAAGUUUUUGUUGAUGCUCUGCCUUACUUUGAUCAAGGCUAUGAUGCACCUGGAGUCAGAGAAGCAGCUGCCGCCUUGGUGGAGGAGGAAACCCGGCGGUACAGACCCACAAAGAAUUAUCUCAGUUACCUGCCAACGCCAGACUUCUCCGCUUUUGAGACGGAGAUCAUGCGGAACGAGUUUGAGAGGCUCGCUGCCCGCCAACCUUUGGAGCUUCUCAGUAUGAAAAGGUACGAGUUACCCGCUCCCUCAUCUGGGCAAAAGAACGACAUCACGGCAUGGCAGGACUGUGUGAAUAAUUCGAUGGCACAGCUGCAGCACCAGGCCGUACGCAUAGAGAACCUGGAGCUCAUGGCUCAGUACGGAACCAAUGCCUGGAAAGUGUCCAAUGACAACCUGGCCUUCAUGAUUGAAAAUGCACAGAAGGAACUGCAGAAAGUCAGAAAACAGAUUCAGGACUUGAACUGGCAGCGUAAGAACGAUCAGCUAUCUGGUGGGGCGAAACUGCGAGAGCUGGAGUCAAACUGGGUGUCCCUGGUGAGUAAGAACUACGAGAUUGAGCGUGCCAUAGUGCAGCUGGAGAAUGAUGUUGCCCAGCUGAGGCAUCAGCAGGGAGAAGAAAACAAGGAGAACAUCCGGCAGGACUUCUAGAAACCAACGCACCUGUCCAGAACAAUCUGCAGUGGUGCAUAAGGGUGCUGUCAGUACAUGAGGUGGAGUCUACAGAAAAGACAUUUUCUGAGAACAGCAUGGAGUGUUUCUCUGUACAAGUGAGAAGGGCACAAGGAUCGUAGCUUGAACAACUGAGGUAUAACUUUCUGAAAGUUUGGUAAGUUAUGGUGAAGUUCAACUCACUGGGUAGUUCACAUGUCAGUGUUUUGAGUUGUAUAAUGUGAAUCAGUGAUUCAAACUUUAUUUUUUUUAAUGCAAUAAAAAAAUAUGAAAAGAUUGGAUCAAAUAAAAACUUUUUGACUAAC